CACAUACUGGUAAUAAUUACAUGUAUUAUCAUCAUUAGUGCUCAAGAGACAAUAAGAUGAUACACUACGCUUCAACUCUAUUUCUAGUUGCAAUAAUUUCCAUUCAAGCUAGCUGGGCAGUGAGAGUGUACACACACCUUCUACAACCAAAGGAGAACCCCGACUAUGACAGAUACAGAGUAAUUCAUCCCUCUCUGGAGGUGUUUGAACCUCUUCCCCAAUUUGCAACUCUUCGAAAUCUGCCAUCGAGCCAGGCUUAUUUGAUAAAUUACACACAAGCAAUCGACAAGUAUUGCCUCAAUCCAAAUACUACCCUUGGAGGAAUACUCUGGCCAGUAAGCCCGAGUUUCAUGUUUUCCGACAACUAUAAAGAUUUCAUUGAUUACAUUAAAGAGAAGGGUUUGUACAUUACAAGCGUGCAUGGAUUCAGUCCAGUAAGUGCAGGGUAUAGACCUCCAAAAAGCGUGCUGGAGUACAUGGAAGCAACACUAGGCAGCCACUGGUUUGGAAUAGCGAAUGGCGAACAAGAUGGGCACUAUUUUGGAGCCUUCAUUAGAGAGGAGAUGCCCCUCAACAACCCACCAUUGGAUCAGUAUUUGAAUUUCAGAGACUACUUUGACCGAAUGGAGCACAUACUUGGUCCAAGACUAACAACUCUUCUAAGCAGCACCUACCCUCAUUAUCAGUUAAAGACUGGGUUGUACACACUAGCAGGAGCAGAAACCUCACAGCAUGGACCAAAUGCACAACUAAGGUAUUCGUUCAUCAGAGGAGCAGGCAAGCAGUAUGGAGUGAUAUGGUUUGGAAAUGUCUCAAUAUACAAUCGAUUCGGACACAAGGUGUAUAGUAAGAAGAAAAAAGCAAGUAAAACAUCACACCAAACAACGAGGAAAAUCAAGUUUUCGUGUGUGAAUUAUACAUCAAUGGAAGGAUAUGAUGUUGACUCCUUCGGUGAUCCAUUUGGUCCAAGUUGUGGUACCUCACUAAAUUUGAUGAAGAGGCUCAUGUAUGCUCAGAUGAUGUAUAACAGUGGAUAUGUAAGCUUUGAGGGAAACUGGUUCUAUGAAAGUAAUAAAGGAAAUGAUCUAAGCCCUAUCGGAUUGAUACAGCACAAUGCUUACAAGUGGGUUUCACAAAAGAAGGUGUCAUUAGGCAAACAUUUAGCUACAGUGGCAAUCUACUUGGAUUAUUUUAAUGGCUGGGCAUCUCCACGACAAAAUAAAGGAGUUAUCUAUCGAACUUGGAUGAACUUACCGUACGUAAAUGCUGAUUAUCUGACAGAUGGCUUACUGAGAUUACUGUAUCCACACUAUCAAGAUUCAUCAUACUUUCAUGAUGAAACCGGAGUUAGCUCCCCUACACCAUACGGUGACAUAGUGGACGUGAUUCUAACAGAUGCACCUGUUUGGGUGCUGAAGGCGUAUGAUACUAUUUUCGUGUCGAGUCAGCUAGCUGGAGGAGAAGAAAUAGCGAGAAAUUUAUUUGACUAUGUUCAAAGUGGUGGCAACUUAGUGAUAACAGCAGGUAAUCUUGCCACAUUGCCUAGAGGAUAUUUCAAUGUUUCAGUGACUGGUGGAUUUAGGGUCAUACAAGCAGGCGAAAAGGUCUACUUGCACUCACAGAAGCAGCCUAUCACUGAGCGAUAUAAUAUGACAGUUCGCCAUUUGGAAUACACCCAAGGGGCUACAAUUUUAGCGUGGUUAAAAGAUAGUACGCCUUUGGCCAUACAAAUUAAGGAUACAAGCGGAGGAACAUUAGUUGUAUUAGCAACUUCUUACGCAGUGUCUUCCACACAAACAAACAAGCCAGUCAGUGAAAUUGAUGAACCUAUAACGACACCAUUUCCACUACUAGACCAUGCAUCAUUGAUCUUACACAGUUCAUUGAGCAAUGCGAGUAUUAUAAAGAGUACCACUAAAUUGAGCAUUGUCACCAACUAUGUUGACACCGACAAGCUAUUGGUAUUAGUUUCUAAUCCUCUACUGGAGCAACAGCCUCUUAAAUUUGUGGUGCAAAAUGGAGAGAUUAUAAAUGUAAAAGAGAUAAUCUUGGAUCAGUCAGAGAAAGGGCAGAUUGGAUACUUACCAGAUGGCUACGAAAAUGCAGACAUUGGUAAGAGUACCCCAACAACCAUUGCCGGCGGUGAUACUAGGCUGUUCCAAGUAACAACAACCCUAAAGAUGACAGAAAUUGACAAACCUAGUGUUAAGCCUAGACCAAUAGGAAUUGCACUCCAUAUUCGUCACAUUAGGCUAUCCCUUAGACGAGAGAUUAAUUCUCGGCCAACCUUCUUCCAACACUACGAUUCUGUUGUAAUCGACUAUUCGUAUUUGAUCACCAAAGACGAGGAAUUUCUGGUGAAAGAAAGAAACUGGAUAGCAACUCAAAGAGUGAAAGUAUACGUAGAUGCAACACCGUCGCUUGACCUUUUCCCAACUCUUAGACUAACUAGUGAUGCACCAGACUUGUACAAUGAAAGUAUGAGUUCAUUUAUUUCACUCCUGAAAAAGAUGGCUAUACUAGGGUCUCACGAUCUUAUCCUUUCUCUGCACAUCUUUCCAGGAGACCAAAGCAAAGAGUCUACAUUCGAGCAAUUCAACACCACUCUACAGUUUCUACGUGAACUGGCCAAACCGCUAAAUAUCACAUUGCACAUUCUAGAUACUCCAAAAAACCAGCUUGAGUUACUACCAAUGAGCAGAUGGCUGGAAACCUACAGCCUUAGUUCUAUCAGCUUUGCACUGAGUACAUCAGCACUACUUGCAUUCACAGACUACAAGUACGACACAAUACUUACCACAAGAACAAGCAUGCUGUACAUAAAUGCUCCAGGCUGGGAUUUGUUUGGACUGAAGUACACAAACAAUGAGGCAAUAUCUAAAAAUCAAACAACUGAAUUAGAGAUUAAACAACUCUUGAAACACAUAUGCUCUCUUGUCUGCUGUCCUUACGCUAAAUCUCCGAAAACACAAACACUUGACAAGCUGGCUAAACAACAGAAUCACAUGUACAGAGGUACACAAUGUAACAAUGUUUUGCCGUUUGUGAUGGACAGUGUCUAUCUGAAUCAAGAUGAAGAAUACAGUGACAUACGAGCUGUAGAACAGCUUUUAGCACCACAGUAGCUCACAUUAUAAUUAUACGCACACACAUAAUUUUUGAUUAACAUUACCCAUGUACAUUUGUACGUACACGUAGUUUUGA